AUGGACCAGUCAGAUAAAGAAGACAAUGAGACGAUAGAUGAUCCAGCUGAUGAAGAUGUCCUAGCUAUACCAGAAGGUCCUAUCACUCGUUCCAAGAGUAAACAAAUCAAGCAAGCCAUUGGAGGAUUACUCAUGAUAGCCUGGAAGCAAGAAGAAGGUACUAUGUCUAUUAACGCGGAGGAAGAUGAAGGAGUUAGCCUCGAGCAUAAAGCUUUGCUUGAAGCUUUGACUCGCCGUAUGAGUACGAUGAUGGAAACAAGAUUGGGUACUUUCCGCGAAGAGCUUGAUGCGCAAUCUUCAGAACCUAGACGUGAACCAAGGCAGAAUCGACGCACACAGGCUAGACGUGAGCAUGAGGGUUCAGAGGAGACUGAUAACUACUAUGAAAGAAAUCGACACAGCUCAGAUUCUAGACACAGCAGCCGUAGUGACCGUAGACACAGACGUGAUCACUGGCAACGCAAUGAACUCGCGGGAGUAAAGCUGAAAAUCCCUCCUUUCCAUGGCAAAGCUGAUCCAGAUGCUUAUCUUGAGUGGGAGAAAAAGAUUGAGCUGGUUUUUAACUGUCAACACUACACGGAGCUUAAGAAAAUUCAAGUGGCUGCUACCGAGUUCUACGAUUACGCUUUGAGCUGGUGGGAUCAAUUGGUUACAAACAAGCGGCGCAAUGGAGAGUUUCCUAUUGAGACAUGGGCAGAGAUGAAAGCAGCAAUGCGCAGGAGGUUUGUGCCAAGCCAUUACCAUCGUGAUCUUCAUCAGAGAUUGAGAAGGCUCACACAAGGAUCGCGAUCUGUAGAAGAGUAUUUCCAAGAGAUGGAAUUGUUAAUGUUGAGAGCUUGUAUAUCAGAGGAUAGAGAGCCUACUAUGGCACGGUUUCUUGGAGGACUUAACCGUGAGAUACAAGACAAUGUUGAGUUGGAAGAAAUGUUGCAUAAAGCAAUUCUGGUGGAGCAACAGAUUAAGAGGAAGCAUCAUUCACGUGGAAGCUACGGUACCAGCAAGUAUCAGCAAGUUAAAGACGAGAAACCAGCAUAUCAAAAGGAGAACAAGUCUCAGCAGAAAGAAGAAACAAAGCCAGGCAGCAUUUUUGCCAAAGACAAAGACAAAGGGAAAGCUGAAGCUACUUCUUCUCGGACCAGAGAUGUUAAGUGUUUCAAAUGCCAAGGACGUGGGCAUUACGCAAACGAGUGCACCAACAAACGAGUUAUGAUCCUCUUGGAGAAUGGAGAAUUUGAAUCUGAGGAUGAGAAGCUUGAGACUGAUCAGGAGCAUUCCGAGGAAGAAUAUGAAGAAGAACCAGUGCGAGGGAGAUUGUUGGUUGCAAGGAGAACUCUCAGCUUGCAAAAUAAAACCGAGGAGCUUGAGCAGAGAGAAAACUUGUUCUACUCACGCUGCAUGGUUCAAGGAAAGAUAUGCAGUCUGAUCAUUGAUGGUGGAAGCUGUGUUAAUGUUGCUAGCGAGACAAUGGUGAAGAAGCUUGGUUUGAAAACUCAAAAACACCCUAAACCUUACCGGCUGCAGUGGCUUAACGAAGAAGGUGAGAUGAGGGUCUCCACACAAGUCUCUAUACCUUUGUCCAUUGGGAGAUAUGAAGAUGAGAUACUCUGUGAUGUGAUACCAAUGGAAGCAAGUCAUAUCUUACUUGGAAGGCCGUGGCAGUUUGAUAGGAGAGUUACACAUGAUGGCUUUACUAAUAAGCACUCUUUUGAGUUCAAUGGCAAGAAGACUAUUUUGGUGCCUCUCACUCCUAAGGAAGAAACUCUCUUGAAUCUAACUGAUUUUACACCGGAGUAUCCGAGUGAGGUGUCAGCUCUUUUACAGGACUUUGAAGAUGUGUUUCCUGAAGAUAAUCCAAUCGGUUUGCCUCCUAUACGUGGGAUUGAGCACCAGAUUGAUUUUGUGCCAGGAUCUACUCUUCCUAACAGGCCAGCAUACAGAACUAAUCCAGUUGAGACUAAGGAGCUUCAGAGGCAGGUUGAGGAACUGAUGGAGAAAGGCCAUAUCCGUGAGAGCAUGAGUCCAUGUGUCGAUUGUUUGUGGUAG